AUGUCCAUUCACACGUGUCUGACGACUGGCUUUUUCUCGACGACGUGCUACUCCAUCGAUUUUUAUAUUCUACAGUGUUACCGUGGCCAAAACGGCGCCUUCAGUUGGUGGACCACUGAGCGAACGGAAGACAACGACAACGACGACCUGAGCUUUUGUCCGUUGCUGUUACGUUGCCGUUGCACCGGCACCAACGGGGCGUCAGUCAGCAGGUCGGCGAAGAUUUACGGACUCAAUUAA